ACAAAUUCUUACUUCCACCUCGUGAUUGUAUCUGACAUUUUCUCCGCUUUUUGUUCUAGAAUUACUUUUUUUCACUUAAGCUCUCUUGAUGAUACUGCGUAACUUCAAAUGGAUGAUGUUAUUGGCGGUGGUCCUGAUAGGUCAAGCAUUGUGUCAACGGACUUCAGCUAUGCAGAGAAUUGUUAAAGAAACCUUCCUUGCGGGAUCCGAGUACGAGCAAAGUCUCAUAGGACAUCUUCUCAACUCGAGCGCUAUGGUUACUCUGAACGAUGACAUCACUACUCUCCUGGCGAGCACCAAUAUGACAUACACCCUUGCUUCACCUGACGAGCCAUUUGUGUUCGUUGAGCGCAACUAUUUCUGGUCUCAAAAAGACUUCAACGAGUACGCCGACGGUGAAAACAACACGAUCUUCUCGUAUGUUUGCGUGUACAACGCAUCUGAAGACGAGGGGCUUUUCUCUCAGAUCUAUUUUCCAAGUGGCGAUCGGAUUCAAGAGGUGGUAUUCGGUUGUGAGGUCUCCAAGGAAUGUUGUGGAAUGAAGUGUUGUGGGGAUGACGUGCUCAUCAAUAUUAUCAUUGUUGGAGUGAUCAGCUUGGCUCUUCUGCUUCUUCUUCUCUGCAAUAUUCUCAUCGGGUUCAAGAAGAGACGUGAAAAGAGCCGAGAAACCAAUCUUAAAGCCACCUAUCAAGCAACAGACACCACUAACGGAGCCAUUGACAAUGAUAUCAUCAGCGCCGAUCAAAUCACCUAUGACACAAGACACCCGGCAACCAACCGUGGAUCCCCAGCCAACCCGACCGCCUAACCAAAUAAUUCCCAUCUAUUUUCCAAAAAACCAGCAUAAUCUAAAAUUAAUUCUGCUAGAUAACAUACCGACAUACUUGAAUGAUAUCCUCUUUUUGUGUGCAUCAGUGUGUGACUACUUGCCCAUAAAGAACAUUUAUUUGGAGCUAUUUUGAGAUAAGAAUUCACACUUUUACAAGAAAUCAUCUGAAUUGUCAUGGUAACAAAUAGUGGUCUAGAAAUAUCUGUCAAAAUAAUUUCUC